UCCUCCGAUUAUAUGCUUCGUUCUAUCCUUUCUCUCACAUGCCACCUCUCUGGCUCUCUCUUCUAAGACUUCUCUCUCUCUCUAUCUUGUCUUCCCCGUACAUCUAGUAGCCAGCCGCCAUUUCUGGUUAAAUUUUCCGGCUGCCCCUCGAAUCAAACCCAGCCCGCACACAGAUAUCCUCUCUCUGUACUCACAACAUUAAAAACAUAAAAACAUGCAUCUCUGUAUGUCAGUUCCAUUCUACAUCUUUAACUCGACAACUUUCAUGAUUUGAGCUCGACCCAAAUUAGAACUCUUAACACUCUCAAAAGGGAUGAGUUUGAGGGCGGUGGAGGAAGAAUCGGGGUCGGAAAUUCGUCUUCCGGCGGACGUGGACUGGGAGAUGUUAGACAAAUCAAGAUUCUUCUUCCUCGGCGCGGCGUUAUUCUCCGGCGUCUCGGCCACGCUCUACCCGAUAGUGGUGUUGAAGACGCGGCAGCAGGUGUUGACAGCGCGGAUCCCCUGCCUGAAGAUGUCGGCUUCCAUGCUCAGAACCGAAGGGCUCCGGGGAUUCUACAGGGGAUUCGGGACAUCCCUGGUGGGAACCAUCCCGGCGCGUGCGCUAUACAUGGGCGCGUUGGAAAUGACGAAGAGCAGCGUCGGGACGGCCGCGGUCCGGCUGGGGUUCUCCGAGGCAUCCGCGGCCGCCAUAGCCAACGCCGCCGCGGGGCUGAACGCGUCCAUGGCGGCGCAGGUGGUGUGGACUCCGAUCGACGUGGUUAGCCAGCGGCUAAUGGUGCAAGGAGCCGGAAACGGCGGAUUCAAAAGCUACAGCGGCGGAUUAGACGCUUUCCGGAACAUAAUUUACAACCAUGGCGUCAAAGGAUUAUACAGAGGAUUUGGGGUUUCAAUUCUCACAUACGCCCCCUCCAGCGCGGUAUGGUGGGCUUCUUACUCCGUAUCCCACAGAGUAAUUUGGGAGAGAACCAAGAAGGCGGAGGGGAAAGCCGCCUCGGUGGCGGUGCAAGGGCUGAGCGCCGCCGUGGCCAGCGGCGUCUCCGCCAUUGUCACAAUGCCGAUGGACACCAUCAAGACAAGAAUGCAAGUGUUAGACGGAGGAGAAGGGAAUAAUAAUAUGCGGCGGCCGCCGACGGUUGUUCAGACCGUGAGAAACCUAGUUAAGGAGAGUGGGUUUUGUGGUUGUUACAGAGGGUUGGGUCCGAGGUGGGCCUCCAUGUCCAUGUCUGCAACCACCAUGAUCACUACCUAUGAGUUUCUCAAGCGACUAUCAACCAAGAGACAAGAAAGAUUUGUUUCAUUAACUUAGAGUAGCAGAAGAUGAACAAUUAAGAGAGGCUUUUGUUACAAUUACACGCGUUGUUGUAGAUCUUAUUUUGUUUUAGUGUAAUAGUGUUAUGAAUCUUUUAUGGUAUACUAGAUUAAUCCCGACAUAUAUUAUA